CUUCUUAAAUUGGCAAAGGCUUUAAAGGUGCCUAUGUGUGUUUGAAGCAGCCGGCUUUUUCUUUUUAUUAGUAUUUUCCCUCACUGCCCCCUUCAGUUAAGACUUUAAAGUUGAGCGAAUUCUGCUGUUUUUCCUGGUUAAAGCAGGUUUAUAGUUCAAUCCUACCGUGGCAGUUUCUUCUUUUCCUUCUUCUUCUUCGUCCUCCCCAGUUCUCUCCUCCUUCUGCAUAUAUACUACUCCCCUCUUUUCUAUGUCGGCUUUUGGAUCGAUUUCUUCCAAACUACUCUCUGAAGCACUCACAUCCUUUAAGAAUUGAUAGAUAGUUUGGCCUGCUUAAUUUCGAUUUGGUUGUAUUGAAGGUUCUCUGUGAUGCUUAGUUUGUUUUGAUUAUUAGCUAUGUUGACGUCAUCUAGUUUCUCAAUCGAAUCAUCAGAAGCAGUGGCUGAAGCAUCUAUAUCUUGAUUAUAAGGAUGACAAACUUGUGAAAAUGAUUUGGGCAGUAUCAUCAACACAAUCUUUUGUUGUUAUUAUUUUCACUUCCCAGUCAUGGAAAACGAUUGAAACUCACCCUUCAUCCAUUUCCCUGCUUCCUUGUUUCUGGAAAUUUUAGCCCUUUGAUCUCUCAUGAAUCAAGCUCCUGGAAUAGUUCGCAGAGAGAGAGAGCAUAUAGAAGAAGUUGGCUCAGCAGUGGACUGUUACAUAGAAAGAGAAAUCGUGAAGAAAGGAGAGGAGGAUGAACAAGAUGAGCAAUUUGAGCUCUGUGAACAGUUGUGAUCUGAUAGAUGCGAAGCUUGAAGAGCAUCAGUUGUGUGGAUCCAAGCAGUGCCCUGGUUGCGGACACAAGUUUGAAACCAAACCGGACUGGUUAGGUCUUCCGGCUGGCGUGAAGUUUGAUCCGACGGACCAAGAACUAAUCGAACACCUCGAAGCCAAAGUGGAGUCCAAGAAUGUGAAAUCUCACCCUUUGAUCGAUGAGUUCAUUCCUACAAUUGAAGGAGAAGACGGAAUUUGUUAUACCCAUCCUGAGAAACUCCCAGGAGUAACAAGAGAUGGGUUGAGUAGGCACUUCUUUCACAGGCCCUCGAAGGCUUACACGACUGGAACAAGAAAGAGGAGAAAAAUACAGAACGAGAGCGAGAUGCAAGGAGGAGAAACGAGGUGGCACAAGACGGGGAAGACGAGGCCGGUGAUGGUGAACGGCAAGCAAAAGGGCUGCAAGAAGAUUUUGGUACUUUACACCAAUUUCGGCAAGAACCGAAAACCCGAGAAGACCAACUGGGUCAUGCAUCAGUACCACCUGGGCCAGCACGAGGAGGAGAAAGAAGGCGAGCUCGUGGUGUCCAAGAUCUUCUACCAGACACAGCCCAGACAGUGUAAUUGGUCGGAUCGAAGCGCCACCACCGGCGAACCCAGCGCCGACUUCGUUAAUGCCCAUAGUAGUAGAAGAGACAGUGGCAGUGGCAGUUGCUCUUCUUCUAAGGAGAUUAACAACAACGCUGUUGUUACAGCUCACAGAGAUGAUCAGAUGUCGGCGGUGGUCGGGGUUGUUCCUCCCAUGUCAUCGUACCUUCAUCAUCAUCAUCAUGCCUUGGAUAUUCAACAACACCUGAAACCCGACCACUUCGGAUUCAUUCCGUUCAGGAAAAGCUUCGACGAGGUGGGAAUAGGAGAGGGUUCGAUGGGGAGAGAUCAAGUGCAGGCAUCAGGAGAAGAAGUUAACGAAGGACAAAGGCAACAACAACAACAUCAUCAUCAUCAAGUGGCUCAGCAUCAUCAGAAUAUGGCCACCACGGCGUUCCAUAUAAGUAGGCCUUCACUUCCAAUCUCCACCAUAAUCUCUCCACCUCCUCUCCAUCACACUUCCAUCAUCCUCGAUGAUAACUCCUACCAUGUCUCCAGAAUUAUGCUCCAAAAUGACAACUUUCAGCAACAGCAGCAGCAACAUCAUAAACUAGGAGGAAGCUCUGCGUCUGGUUUGGAGGAACUCAUAAUGGGGUGCACUUCAUCAACUGAUAUUAAAGCGGAAUCAUCCGUCUCCGUCGCAAACCAGCAAGAAGCUGAAUGGCUCAAAUACUCUUACUGGCCCGACCCGGAUAACCCGGAUCAUCAUGGGUAAAAAAGCACAAGAUUUUUUUUUUUUUUGAAAAAAAAAAAGGUUUACAGAGAGAUUGAUCGACCAUGUCAGUGUCGUCGUCAUCAUAAGUACGUAGGGGAGGCCUUUCCCUCCUCAAGUUUCUUUCCAACCAAAAAAAAAAAAAAAGAAAAAAGGGCAGAGAGGAAAUCCAAUGACGUCCAUGGUUUACUCUUUUACUUUCUUUUCCAAUGGCGGCCUGUUUAAUUGUCUUUGUUAGCUCUCAGAACUAACUCUCUGCAACCGAACAAGCUGGAAAAACCCACGCCAGAUCAGAGAAAGGAAGAAAAUCAGACCAGAAGAAAAGACUGCCCUACCUUCUGACACACUGAGGGAUGAGUCGAAAGUAAAAUGCAUCCUCCAUCAAAAUCAUCACUAUCAUAAUUACAAUAUAAUAUAUAUUUAUUACAUAUAUUAUCUAUAUAUAUCAUCUUUUGUUGUUAUAAUCUGCAUAUUAAUUUAUUAUUUUGAGGUGUUUGUAUAACUUAUGUCUUUUCUUGUUUCUUUAUACAAGAAAUAUACGAAUGAGUUUGUGCAAACUGCAAA